AUGUUCCAGUUCUCUGAAAUAUCUAAAUACCUCAAAGAAUCACAAAUUUCAAAGCUCAGCACAUUUUCGAAAGAGUCGCUACUUUCGAUCGGCAAUUUUGGUGGCAUAUGUUCAAAAACGCCGCUUCCGUUGUGUUUUGUGGUGAAUUCUGCACCAGCGCGAAAGAAUCUUUCGAUAGAAAGUAGUCAUUACGAGCGAACACAUGUUAAUAUUGGAGUCGUACCCAAAUGUUAUUCUAGAACGGUCGACAUAGCAAAUACGGCUAUAUUUCAAAUUGGAAAUGCAUUUGUGAACAUUCUGGCGCUAUUUGUAAUUUUAAUCAUAAGUUACAAUAUCAGGUUCAAGUACACGGCGAUCGGAAGGUCAGAAUAUGGUCAUUUUUUCCAAUUAUGUUUUCUGUUGAUAUGCAUGACUUUAGUUGUAGAUUGUGGAGUAUCCCCUCCGGGUUCAGACGCCUAUCCAUAUUUAGUGGCGAUCCAAAUAGGACUAGUUGGAGCAUGUACAUGGGCUUUAUCAGUGAUGGCGUUUCUCGGAUUCCGACUAUGGGAGGAUGGGACCCUUAAAUCGAUGUUAAUUAUGCGCGGAGUAUCGUUGGCGGGAUUUACAAUGGGAUUCGUAGUCUCUAUUGUAACCUUCUGGAGCUGGAUGCAAAAUCAUCAAGACAUGGCAACAAACACAACAGCAUUAUUCGUGGUUAUUUAUGGCCUCAAUGGACUCUCACUUGUGUUGUACAUAGUAUGUCAGUUGGUGGUUUCAAUUUUUAUGCUUGGUAACCUCUGGAUGGCAGGUUCCAUAGUCUUGGGCACCAUAUUCAUGUGCACUGGGCAGGUAUUAAUGUACACAAUUUCAACAGAAAUAUGCGAAGGCGUCAAACAUUAUCUAGACGGAUUAUUCAUUGGGAGUUUAUUCAAUGUUUUCACAUUGAUGAUGUUGUACAAAUCAUGGGAUAUUUCAACGGACGAUGACCUUGAGUUCAGUGUCAGUGUUAGCUCGGAUGGCGAUGUAAUGUAUAACGCAGACAUAAAUAUUUAA